AUGGGAUUGUCGAGCUUGGCUCCGACCCCACGGACGGUUCCCAGACGGCGGAGGGUCCCGGCGCAUAGGUUCACACGGAAGCCCAUGAGGGGCCAAAACUUGAAUCUCCGCGCGAGGGCGACGCGGCCGCGCGCGCGCCCGACGAUCCGCGGCCGCGCGCUUUCACAAACGGGCCGAAAUGAGGGCAAGUUUGAAACUGUGCGCGAGACCAGGGCAGAGCCGGAAGAAAUUGAGGAGGAUAUCGGAAUGCAAACACCGGCUGCCCAGAGGUUCCCCGCGCGCGAAAGACGCGCACCGGGGGAGUGGUACCGCGCUAACUUAGCGGCGGAACCGCAGGCGGGGGAGCACCCCAAAGGGACGGGGGAGCACGCAGAACCGCAGACUUAUCAGGAAGCCGUAGGAGGAGAAGAAAGUGAACUAUGGCGGAAGUCAAGGGACGAGGAGAUGCGGUCCUUGUUGGAGAACGGGACAUGGGAGCUCGUCGAAAACCGGAAGGGGUCAAGCCGAGUGCUGUGGGUGGACGACAUCCUAGUGGCAGCCCGGGGAGCGGAGCGCAUUGCCAAAGUGAAGGCGCGUUCGGGGAAGAAGUUCGACGUGCGCGACCGGGGAGAGGCGAAAAACUUUCUCGGCAUGGAGUUGACGCGCGAUAGGGAGGCGUGCACUCUGAAACUGACGCAAAAGAAGCUGACGGGUGAGCUUGUUGGACGGCAGUUGGCGCGCUUGCGCGCUUUAUGGCGGGGCCGGCCGACGGAGGAGCACUGGCGGGCGGCGCUUGGAGUUGUGCGCUACCUAGCGAUUACGGCAGAGGACGGGGUAACCUUUGGGGGGAGCGGAGAGACUCUCAUCGCUUAUUGCGACGCGGAUAACGCGAGUGACGUGGACACAAAGCGAUCCACAACGGGGCACGUCCUCUUGAUGUAUGGGGCGGCGCGGUCGAAGCACAUUAACGUGAUUCAUCACUUUGCACGGGAGCGUGUGGCACGCAAGGAGGUCGCGUUCGCGUACUGCGGGACGGAGGACAUGAAGGAGGACAUCAUGACCAAGGCGUUAGCAGCGAGGAAAUUAAAGAAGUGCAAGAGCGAGAUAGGAAUUGCAUAUGUCAUUAGUGUGUGGGGGAGUGUUGAGAUUCGGGCAUUUGAUGUGCGCGAUCUCUUGGGUGACGUCGACGGGAACUCGACGAUAACCAGUACUUAG